AGCACUAUCUGUUUCUGUUGUUCUCUUCUGUCUUCUCUGCUCUACCAAACUAAAAAAGGCUCCUUUGUAGGGUUUACCUUUUUCCAUUGCUGAGAGAGAGAGAGAGAGAGAGAGAGAGAGAAAGGGAUUUUCUAGAGAGAGAAAGUGAGGAGGGGUUUCAUUCAUCAUUCGCUCAAUGGAUGCUUACGCUCUGCAUUUGGCCAUGGCGGCUCUCGUCGGAGCCUCCUUCGUGGCGGUUUCGGCCUACUAUAUGCACCGCAAAACCCUAACGCAGCUUCUGGAGUUUGCCAAAACGGUGGAGAGGGAGAGAGACGAGGACACCAACCACAUCAACCACAACUCCGACGGCGAUUCGCCCCAGCAUUUGAAGAAGCGCCGUGGUGGCCACCACGCGCGGCGGAAGGUGAGUGGAUAUUACCGGCGAGGCUCGGCGUCGUUGCCCGACGUGACGGUGAUUUCCGGUGGGAUUGACGGCGGCGAGGAGAGGCGAAACGGUCCCGUGCCCAUCGAAGGUAUUCCCCCGGGGUUGCCGAGGCUCCACACGCUUCCUGAAGGGAAAGCAGCUUUGCAUGUUGGCGCGGCCAAGAGAAGUAGUGGCCUUCUGAGACCAACUUCCCCCAAGUCCCCUGUUGCAAGUGCUAGUGCCUUUGAGAGUGUAGAAGGUUCAGAUGAUGAAGAUAAUAUGACCGAUAACUCUAAGCUGGACACUUCGUAUAUCCACGCUAAUGGAAAUGCGGUCCCAGAGUGUAAAAGCCUAUAUGAGAAUUUACCAAAUCACGUUAAUGGAAAUGGGGAACAAAUUCCUAUAGCUGCUUCAAGUAUGAUUCGAUCUCAUAGCGUCUCUGGUGACCUGCAUGGUGUUCAGCCUGACCCAAUUGCGGCUGAUAUUCUGAGGAAAGAGCCAGAACAAGAAACCUUUGCACGACUUAAGAUUACGCCUACUGAGGUACCAUCACCUGAUGAAGUGGAAUCCUAUGUGGUUCUACAAGAAUGUCUUGAAUUGAGAAAAAGAUAUCUGUUCAGAGAAGCAGUUGCUCCAUGGGAGAAAGAAAUUAUAUCUGACCCCAGCACACCAAAGCCUAAUCCAGCUCCAUUCUUUUAUGCUCCCGAGGGAAAGUCUGAUCAUUAUUUUGAGAUGCAAGAUGGUGUCACUCAUGUUUAUGCAAAUAAAGAUUCAAAAGAAGAGCUUUUCCCUCUUGCUGAUGCCACAACCUUUUUCACUGAUCUGCACCACAUACUCCGAGUUAUAGCAGCUGGGAACAUCAGAACUUUAUGCCAUCACAGACUGAAUCUUCUAGAACAAAAAUUCAAUCUUCACUUGAUGCUUAAUGCGGAUAGGGAAUUUUUGGCUCAGAAAAGUGCUCCACAUCGUGAUUUUUAUAAUGUCAGGAAAGUUGAUACACACGUUCAUCACUCAGCGUGCAUGAAUCAGAAACAUCUUUUGAGGUUUAUAAAGUCAAAGCUGAGGAAAGAACCUGAUGAGGUUGUAAUAUUUAGAGAUGGAACAUACUUGACCUUGAAAGAAGUUUUUGAGAGCUUGGAUCUGACUGGGUAUGACCUGAAUGUUGAUCUUCUGGAUGUUCAUGCAGACAAGAGCACAUUUCAUCGUUUUGAUAAGUUUAAUCUUAAAUACAAUCCCUGUGGUCAAAGUAGGCUCAGGGAGAUUUUCCUUAAGCAGGAUAAUCUUAUUCAAGGUCGUUUCCUUGCUGAGCUGACAAAGCAAGUUUUCUUGGAUCUCUCUGCUAGCAAAUAUCAGAUGGCUGAGUACCGGAUAUCAAUAUAUGGUAGGAAGCAAAGUGAGUGGGACCAACUAGCCAGCUGGAUAGUUAAUAAUGAAUUGUACAGUGACAAUGUUGUUUGGUUAAUUCAGCUUCCAAGACUAUAUAAUAUUUACAAGGAAAUGGGAAUAGUCACCUCUUUUCAGAAUAUUCUUGACAACAUAUUUAUUCCUCUUUUUGAGGUCACCGUGGAUCCAGAUUCUCAUCCUCAGUUGCAUGUUUUCCUCAAACAGGUUGUUGGGUUAGAUUUGGUCGAUGAUGAAAGCAAGCCUGAACGACGCCCGACAAAACACAUGCCCACUCCAUCUCAGUGGACCAACGCGUUCAAUCCUGCCUUUUCGUACUAUGUGUAUUACUGUUAUGCUAAUCUCUAUACCUUAAAUAAGCUUCGUGAAUCAAAGGGCAUGACAACCAUCAAAUUUCGUCCACAUUCUGGGGAGGCCGGUGACAUAGACCACCUCGCUGCAACCUUUCUUACAGCUCAUAACAUUGCACAUGGAAUCAAUUUGAGAAAAUCUCCCGUUCUUCAGUAUCUCUAUUAUCUGGCACAGAUUGGUCUUGCCAUGUCUCCACUGAGCAACAACUCCUUAUUUUUAGACUACCAUCGGAAUCCUUUCCCAAUGUUUUUCUUACGAGGUCUCAAUGUAUCCCUUUCUACUGAUGAUCCUCUCCAAAUCCACUUAACAAAAGAACCAUUGGUUGAAGAGUAUAGCAUAGCAGCUUCUGUCUGGAAGUUAAGUUCAUGUGAUCUGUGUGAAAUUGCUCGUAAUUCAGUUUACCAGUCAGGUUUUUCACACGCUCUUAAGUCCCACUGGAUUGGGAAAGAGAAUUACAAGAGAGGACCAGAUGGGAAUGAUAUCCACAAAACGAAUGUGCCUCAUAUUCGGCUGGAAUUUCGUGACACGAUCUGGAGAGAGGAGAUGCGACAAGUCUAUCUGGGAAAGCCAAUUAUCCCUGAAGAAGUGGACAAGUGAUAUUUAAGCCAGGACAAUAUUGUAAUUUCAUUUUGAAUGGACAUGAACCUUGAACUGCUAUGCCCUAAGGAAAACGAACUUGCACUCUGACCCAUUCAUGUCACACACAACAUGUGCUAAACACCAAUUGACCAUGUGAACUGCGAGCCUUGGACUUGGAAGAAUGUCAGAUAAAAGUCCGUGAAUGAGGUAGAUCAUGUAUAGGAUAUAAGAUUUAGAUAUACUGCUUCAUCUCAGAUGAGUUACGAGUCUUAAAAUACAACAAAAAAGAAAGAAACGGUAUGGCAAAUAAUUUUGUUUUAGGGUUAUAAUUUGUACGAAUGAACUACUUCACAAGUUGAGUUAUAAUUAUAAUAAUAAUAAUAAUUAUUAUUAUAGUCUUUUUUUUUGCUUGGGGGAGGGUGUCGCAAGUAAUCGAGUGGUGUGUUUGCGUCAGUUAUAUGUAAUAUUUCCCAAUACAUAACUUACUAAUGGCAAGAAGGGGAAAAAUCUCUCUUGCUUCAUCAAGUUUUGACUCCUUGUUCCGAAUGAAAUGAGAGGAUUGU